AUGUCGACGACUACUACCUCUCCUCUAACGCCACCGUCAGUUACCACCGUUGGCAGUUCACAAACUCUUCUAACCGAGGCACGGGAGUAUCUACCCGAUGUUGACCAUGGCGUCUUCAAGCACUUCCGCAUCAUCAAGAGGGUCGAGGGAAAAGCUCAGCAGUACGAGUGCAAGUUCUGCAGCAACGUCUACACUGAUGCUGCCAUCCGAUGCGCGCAACACUUUACGUCGUGGAAGGGGAUGAAACGCCGUGAAGUGGUGCUUUGCAAGGAUGUGCCGCAAGAUGUGCGCUUGGCCAUGCGCGCAAAAUACGAGGCAAAGACUGCUGCGGCCGAAGAGAAGAGGCGGGCAGCAGCUGAAGCGGUUGCCGCGGUCAAGGCUAAUGGUGUGAAGCGGGCGCGCAUCACCGAUUACCUUGAGGGGGAUGCGACUGCAAGAAAGAGAGAAGCGGACGAGGCACUUGCGCUUGCUUGGGCCGCCCUCCAUAUCCCCGAGCGCCACAUUGACCAUCCUCUGAUGGCAAGCUGGAAGAGGACGGGCAUGACGGUUUCGUCCAACAUGAUGACGGACCGCAACGGCAGGCCGCAGGCGAACGUGCUUAUCGUAAACGAUUCCGGCGCCGUCUUCACCGACUGUAUUGACUGCAACAUGGAGAGGAAAACCGGAGGUUACGUGGCAAGGAUUCUUAGGCCCGUGGUGGAGGAAGUGGGUCCAGAGAACGUUGUUGCGUUCUGCAUGGACGGGGGGUCGAACUAUGCGGUGGCGGUGAAGCAGCUCAUAUGGGAGUGGCCGCACAUUCAGGAUGUGCCGUGCGCCACUCACGUAUUGGAUCUUCUCAUGGAAGAUGUCGGAAAGAUGGGAUGGGCUAAGCCGGUGGUCGACAAGGGAGGGGAGAUAUCUAGCUUCGUCCGCAACCACCACUGGACCCGAGGGUACCUGUGGAAGCCGGAAUUGGUGGAGGGGAAGGUUCUGCAGGCGCUAAAGCCGGCUGGGACCCGAUUCGGGACCAACUACAUAGCCAUAUCCCGGCUAUGUGCGAUGCGCGGCAGCCUUACCAACAUGGUGACGAGCGAGGGCUGGAAGGAGUGGGCGGUAGGGGACCGGAAGAAAUCGUGUGACGGGUUCAGUGCGCUGAUCCAUGAUGCAGCCUGGUGGAAGACGGCCGAGUUCUUUGUCGCCCUGCUGAAGCUGCCCUUUAAGUUGACUGAGGACGUGGGGGGCUUGCUCGAUGCGGACGAGGAGCAGCUGAGCGACGGGGACAAGGACAAGAUCCGCCGCAUCCUCAGAGACGGUUGGGACGGCAGCCUCUCAUGCGCCACGCAUGUCGCUGGCCGCAUCCUCAACCCCGCGAAUCAGGAGGAAGAUAUUUUCGGCAUUGAUCCCGAGUGCACGAAAGUCUUCAAGGCGUUCAUCAGCCAGCAGGCCGAGUUCCUUGCGAGCCGCGGGGAUGGGGGGGAUGACGUGUGCGACAUCUUACUUGAGCUGGGGGACGGUCUGAGGGCGUUCCUUGACAUGAAGGGUUCUUUUGGGAUGCCGGAAGCCGUGGCACAGAGGAAGCUGGUGAAAGAGGGAAAGUAUAGCAUGGUGAAGUGGUGGCAGUGGAAUGGGACUGAUGCCCCUCGAGUGGCAGAGCUCGCGGUACGGGUGUUGUCUCAGGCCGUGUCAGCCUCACCUUCGGGAUACAAUGGGCUAGAAGACGAGACGAAGGGAGAGGAUGAGGAGGAAGGCAAAGACGACAUCCUUGAAGACGAGUAA